UUUAUGAAUGGUUUUUGUCUGUUUCAUCAGUCAAAACAGAAAUCAUUGAUAAAAAACAAAGUUUGAAAUGAGCGUCAGGAAAAUCGAGAUAGCAAAUCAGUGUGAACUCCAUAAAUUAAAACCUAUCAUCAAAGAUGAGUGGUUGCGAUUGCAGGAUACACCAAACGUCUUUCGAUUCAAAUUAAAUGUCCAAAAGACAAAAAUUUUACCGGGUAAAUUCAAUUUCAUUGUUGAGCUAAAUUCCGAGCGAGCAACUCUUCGACGAGCACCACAAUCGGUUUCUUCGGUCACACCGGCAUUCAAGGAAACUGCAUUUAACUUCAAUAAAGUGAACCCACAGGAAAUUUUAUUUGAAUACAAGCAUCCAUGCAUUGAAUCACUCGUGACGUGUAUAGUGAAUGCCAGUCCAUUGACUAAAUUUCACACUUUAAUAUGUCCGGAUCUAAAAGACAAUAAGCCUCAGAUACUGACAGCGGAAGCGAUUACAAUCGCACUAGAUCUACUAGGUGACUUUGAUGAUGAAAAUUUCUGGAUUGGAUUUAAUAGUCCCGGUGCUUUGGCUUCUGUUAAUCACUUACAUCUACAUUUGUUCUACAAAGAAGGUGACUUAAUGGCAGAUAAAAUAAACGUCCAACAUUUAGUCCAUAACGUUUUCGUCAGCAACGAACCAUCGAAACGAUAUUAUGUGAAUGUGCACGAUUGGCAUCUUAAACAUGAGAGUGUGGAGUCCAUUCGAAAAAUUGUUGCAUACUUUUGCGAACAAAACAUUCCGCAUAAUGUUGUCUUUACUUAUAAGGCAAUGGGUUCGCGUACAGUUGUGUUCACCUACAUUUAUCCACGCAGUCAAGUCAACACGGUAAAAGACUAUACCAACAUUAAUAUUGCGUGCUGUGAACUGGCUGGAUUCGUCAAUGCUGGUUGUGAAGAAACAUACGACGAGGUAACGGAAGAAAUCCUCUUAGAAAAUACCAAAAAUCAAAUGGGCGAGAUACUCGACUUAGAUGAGAAAAUAGUUGACCUAUUUUGUGAUUUAGAAGCAUCUCCCUCCUUCACAUGACCUUAUAACGUUCAGCCGGAUCCCACAAUGAAAUUAUAAAUUCAGAAGAUUCUCAUCUAUUGUAAUUUACGAUUCUAAUAGAAUGUUAUUGUCGUUAUUUUUGUAUGGUUUGUUCGAUUAUUAAAAAGUUUAU